ACAAGAUGCUUUCAACUUGGCAGCACUUAAAACAAAUUGUUGACUGACGGAUUUCUUAACACAAUUUUGUCUUUUAUUUUUAAUAGAAUAAAGAAAAAAUAAUUAUUUAACACAUUAAUUAGGAGAAGAAUCUAACACAAAAUGUCCUAUCAAUUAUAUCGCAAUACCACCUUGGGUAAUACGCUUCAGGAAAGUCUGGAUGAAUUAAUUCAGUAUGGACAAAUUACUCCUGCCUUGGCUUUUAAGGUUCUGCUACAGUUCGAUAAAUGCAUUAAUAAUGCCCUGAGUCAACGUGUUAAGGCUCGUGUCACCUUUAAGGCCAAUAAACUUAAUACGUAUCGUUUCUGUGACAAUGUCUGGACUUUGAUGUUAAACGAAGUGGAAUUCCGUGAAGUACAUGAAUUUGCCAAAGUGGAUAAAGUGAAAAUAGUAGCCUGUGAUGGCAAAAGUGCGGAUUAUAAUUAAUUCGCUUAUGUUUUAUUCAUUUACGUCAACGUCAAUUCAGUUAGUGCUAUCAAUGGGUUUCAGGCACUACUGUAUCUGCCGAUGGUUAAUUAAACACUUCAUUGUGGAGAACUAUACCUAAUUAUGAUUUAUAGUAUUAAGAUUUUAUAAAUAAUAAAAAUAUGGAAUUUCUAAAGUAA